CGCUACAUUAACAUAUAAACUCACUUCACAAUUCACAUGCUUUGUUCUUGUUUCCAUUAGUAGUAGAAAUAAACUACUAGUAGCUUCUUCACUUCACUUCACCAUUCCUCACUUUCCUCGGAAUCCACAAAACAAAACAUUCACACACACAAAAAAAACUCCCGCAAAUGUUGGACGAAGAUACCAACACCAACACCACCUCCUGGGCGCCGCGCGUGUGCGACACCUGCCGCUCUGCCCCAUGUGCGGUCUUCUGCCGCGCUGACUCCGCGUACCUCUGCGCGUCAUGCGACGCGCGCGUGCACGCGGCCAACACCUUGGCCUCGCGCCACGAGCGCGUGUGGGUAUGCGAGGCCUGCGAACGCGCCCCGGCAGCGUUCCUUUGUAAGGCGGAUGCAGCGUCGCUCUGUUCUUCCUGCGACGCUGACAUCCACUCGGCUAACCCUCUGGCGAGUCGUCACCAGAGGGUGCCAAUUGGACCCAUGUACGGCCCACUAUCCGUCCCAGUAAAUGGGACGAAUAGUGAGUUCGUUGGGAUGGUUGAAGAUGAAGAAGACGAAGAUGAUGACGAAGAAGAAGCUGCUUCUUGGUUGUUGUUGAACAACACGAACACCACGGCCGCCGUCACGGCCGGCACCAACAACAACCAUAAUAACAGUAACACCAGCAACAACAAUAACCAGAAUCAUCAUCAUCACCAACAACAGAGUAAUAAUAAUGGUUUCUUGUUUGGCGGUGAGGUUGACGAAUAUUUGGACCUUGUGGAUUGUAAUUCUUGUGGUGAUGAUGAUAACAAUAAUCAUCAUCACAGCAACAAUAACAAUAACCACUUUGCGGUUGAUGGUGUUGAUCAUCGUUAUGGUUAUCAGCAGCAGUAUGGUGGAGGUGGCGGUGGUCAGAAGAGCUAUGGUGGUGGUGGCGGCGGAGAUAGUGUGGUGCCGGUUCAGCAUUUUCAACUUGGUUUGGAGUUUGAGCCUUCCAAAGCUGGCUACAAUUACAAUGCUUCUAUUAGUCAAAGUGUAUCAGUUUCAUCAAUGGAAGUUGGAGUAGUGCCAGAAUCAUCAAUCAGCAAUGGAUCAAUUUGCCAUUCAAGACCACCAAAGGGAACAAUUGACCUAUUUUCAGGACCUACUCCAAUGCAGAUGAGUUCACAUCUCACUCCAAUGGACAGAGAAGCCAGAGUCCUAAGGUAUAGAGAGAAGAAGAAGACAAGAAAAUUCGAGAAGACCAUAAGGUAUGCAUCAAGAAAGGCCUAUGCAGAGACUCGGCCGCGAAUCAAAGGCCGAUUCGCCAAGAGAACAGAUGUUGAAGCUGAAGUUGAUCAGAUGUUCUCCACAUCAUUGAUUACAGAAGUUGGUUAUGGCAUUGUUCCUUCAUUCUGAAGAAAGCCAGAGCAGAAGCCAGAGAAGCAAGUGGUGAAGAUGUUUCAUAUUUAUGUUGCUAUGUUACUAAGUUUUCUAGACUGGUAUUAUUUUUUAUAUGAUCUUCUUCUAAUCUUCUAUAUACAUAUGCUUUUAUUUUUCUUGAUUUUAUUGCAUUUGAAUGAUGACUCUGCUGUUAUUAUUUGUAAAUAUAGUUCCUAAUAUUAAGUUUAUUACAUUUUGUAUCAAGAUGUAAUUUCUGUAUUCUAUUCAUGGCUUUGUGUUGU